AUGAGAAGUUAUGUAGAUGAUAUCGAUGAGCUGUGCAUAAUUUCUGAUAGGCAUUCAAGUAUUCGAAAGAUGGUUUCAAUUGUGUAUCCAUCAGCUCAUUAUGCGAAAGCGUACAGUAAAGUUAAGUUCUAUGACCAUUUCAACCAGAUAAGGGAUAUGGUACCCAAAGCAGCCGUACAUCUCGAAUCAGUUGCAUUUCAUAGAUGGAGCAGGGCAUUUUGCCCGGGAAAUAGGUAUAAUAUUAUGACCUCAAACAUUGCUGAAUCCAUGAAUGCAAUGUUUGAAGUUGAAAGAGAAUUUCCUAUCGUCGCUUUGUUUGACGAAAUAAAUAUGAGAUUUGCAAAAUUAUUUCACGAAAGGAGUAUCGAGUUGGUCAACUCACCAAACAUAUUUGUUCCUUCAAUGGAAAAACAAAUAUCAAAGAAUAUCAAUUUGGGAAAUAAGUUAUUGGCCCAUCAAAUAGCCAAUUACAAGUUUAAUAUCAACGGUCAUGGUGAUGUUGCCACGGUCGAUCUUCAAAGAAGAAUGUGCACAUGUAGAGUUUUUGACUUGGACAAAAUACCUUGUCCACAUGCUAUGGCAGCGCUUCGAUCCCAAUAUGGUGCACAUUUUGGAAAUCAGAUCUAUGAGUACUCGUCUUCAUAUUAUUCGGUGGAAAAAUACACAAUUGCAUCUUGUGAGGAAAUUAAUCCUGUGCCUCCUGAAGAUUCUUGGAUUGUUCCUUUGAAGAUAUUGGAGAGAGAAACACCUCCUCCAUAUGUUGACCCAAGAAAACCGGGAAGAAGGCGAACGAAAAAUAGGCGUGGAGUCGGGGAAUCAUUUCCAACAAGAAAAAAUAAGUGUUCAAUAUGUAAAAAUAUUGGACACAACAGAACAACAUGCCCGGUUCGAAAUGCUCCAUAA